GUCCGGGGUAGUGCAUCACUUGAAAGCAAAAUUUAAAUUGGAACCGGUACCGGUAGAGAGAGACAGACGAUUCUAUUCUUCAGAGUUCAGUUGACUUUCCGUAAACUCUCUGCGCAUCUCUCGAUGUGAUUCAUUGAACCGGGGACCUCGGUUAAAUUUUGUAACAUGAUCCGCGGUAAGGAGAACAAAGCUGUUCAAUCUCUGAGUGUUCCCAAACCAGUUCAUGUGUUAAAGAGUUGCAACAACCCUCCCAAGGCAAAUGUUGUGAAAGGGAAAGUGCCUGUUGUUACAAAACCUGAUGUAAAAGCGGUGCCAGGGAAAUUUCUUCCAAAGCCAUGUCAAUUGCCUGAAAAGGCUACUCAAGGCUCUUGCAUUAGUCAACCAAAUCAGAUAAAUAUUCCUGAAAGUAGUUCAACCUCAUCACAGCAGACUUUCAGAAAACCUCAGGAUGCGCCCAAUUCUUCUAAGGGUGGAAGCUCAUUUGCUGCUGUGCAAAAUCCAUCAAUUACAAACAAUGUCACUAAACCUUCUGUUUCUAAGAACCCUUUGAAAGGAGAAGGGUCAGUCCCAGAGCCAAGUGAAAGCAGCAAUUUUACUGUGGAUGGAGCGAAAGACACUUCCGAUGGCAAAAAAUCUAAUCAGAAAAGUGACAAACAACGAACAUUUACUCUCUCAGAUUUUGAUAUUGGUAAAGCCUUAGGUAAAGGCAAAUUCGGAAAUGUUUAUCUUGCAAGAGAAAAGACGUCUAAAUUUAUUAUAGCUUUGAAAGUAUUGUUCAAAUCUCAGCUGCAGAAGGCUAAUGUAGAGCACCAAUUGAGAAGAGAAAUUGAAAUUCAGUCUCAUUUAAGGCAUCCGAACAUUUUGCGUCUUUAUGGCUACUUUCAUGAUGAACAGCGAGUAUACUUAAUACUUGAAUAUGCUCCAAAAGGAGAGCUUUUCAGAGCUCUACAGGCACAACCUCUCAAAAGAUUUGAUGAGUUAAGGACUGCUGCUUACAUUCAGCAAUUAGCUGAUGCCUUACAUUAUUGUCAUAGUAAAAAAGUUAUUCAUCGUGACAUUAAGCCUGAAAAUCUCUUGUUGGGGGCUAAGGGUGAGCUGAAAAUUGCUGACUUUGGUUGGUCUGUUCAUGCUCCGAGCUCAAGGCGGGAUACACUUUGUGGAACAUUGGAUUAUUUACCACCAGAAAUGGUCCAAGGUCGCCCUCAUGAUCAUAAAGUUGACCUCUGGAGUUUAGGUGUUCUUUGCUAUGAAUUUCUUGUUGGGAAACCACCAUUUGAGGCGGAGACCUAUGAAGAAACAUAUGCUCGUAUUUCAAGGGCCCAAUAUAGUUUCCCAGACCACGUCUCUCAGAGUGCGAGGGACCUCAUUUCGAAACUUUUACAGUUAAAUCCCAACAACAGACUGCCUUUGGAGGGAGUAUUGCGUCAUUCCUGGAUUACAGAGAGUGAAAUGUUGCGCAAAAGAAUUCAGGAUAGCAAUAGUUCAAAAGUGAAGCAAAAUGAGAAGUUGCAGAGUUCUGCUCUUCCCAUCAAAACUCAAUCAAAUUAAGCCUAAAAGUGGCUUCAGUGCGGAAUUCCUAAUCCUAUUUAAACCCAUCAAUACAGAAAAUACCUAAAAUGCCAUAUAUUUUUUUUCAUUUUUUUUUUCUAAAUAUAUUUUUUGAGCCUGCAGUUUGGUGUGUCGGGGUAACUGAAGCAACUAAAGAGUACGUAGAUUACGGUUGAUUUUGAAUAUUUACAAUGUGAACCUGAAUGUAUCCCAUGUAAUUUUCUACAAUAGAGGCACAGCAUUGAAAAGUUUCUAACUGCUUGAAUUCCAAUGUGUAUACUUUUACACAUUGAAAGCUAACUAGAUCUUUUUAAGAUCUGCCGGUUAAUAUCCACUUUAACUGUAAUAUAUAUUAAAGGCACAAUGUGUAUGUGUGUGUUAUCUUUGUCGACAAGCUAUGACAUCAUAGUUAUUGCAUGUAACAUAAUCUUGUGACGACUUCUUCAGAUUGUUCUCAUCUGAGUGUUAUGAAUCAUCUAUCUGAUACUUUAAAUCUUUCCAUCUGAUUAUGGUUUUAUGUUAACAGGUAUCAAGCAAGAGUAACAAUUAACAUUGUAUUUGUAAUUUAUGUAUUUUAAAAUUUUAUAUGAAUGUGAUAUAGUAAAAUAUUAAUGAUUAUCUA